AUGAACCGUGAUCUGCCAAUUUCUCUGUCUCUUCUGGAAGCAGCAAAGGCUGGCCACAGCAAACAGUCAUCUGAAAGUCAAGAGCAGAUGAAUAGCAAAGCUGACAUUUUCCCCCAGUACUUGAGUCAUCUGGACAUGGUUAAGUUUGAGGAAAUCUACGAGGUCUCCGACCAAGAAUUCAUAUGUGCCUGGCCGGACUGCGGCAAGAAGCGCAUUUCUCCCACGCCAGUGAUUUCACUACGUUCGGUACCACGAAACCCAGAAAAGUGUGGUCUGUCCCCACGACUGCUCGAUGGAUAA